UGUGUGUGUGUGCUGUCUCCGGGCCCUGCUCUCCAGGCGCCUCCUCCUCCUCCUCCUCUUCCAAACAUGGCGCCGGUCCGCAGCGCGGCUGCUUCCCCGACCGACGACGCAGAGAGGGACAGACGGAGGAGAAGAAGAAGAAGAAGCGGGUCGCAGCUCACAACCAGCGCCUUUUAAACUCUCCGUUAAAACUAACACAACUCCAGCGCUCCUCGCGGAGACUUUACGUGACGCGUUUUUUCCUUUGGAGACGUUUACGCGUCAGGCUGUGCGCGUAACGGAGCCCACCUGUCCGACGAAGGUAGAUUUCACUCCGUUUCUCCGAGGAUGUGAAUCUCCCUGAUUGAUGUGACAUAUCGGAGCAGAGCGGGCAGACAGACGGAGCUCGGGGUCAGAGCUGGCUCUGGUCACAACAUGUGCAGCCGUGUGAGGAGCGGAGACACUCCGGCUGCAGAGGACUGACGCUUUCCAGGGAAGAAGAGGAAGAAGAAGAAGAAGAAGAAGAAGAAGAAGAAGAAGAAAGAACAACUUUUCUCCGCUCUUCCAACACGCAGAGGAUGGAUGGAGAACACUCGGGAGUGGAGAGGGAAAGAGAGAGGCUGCCACCGAUUUACACCAGCUCCCAUCAUCCUGCAGGUUUUGGGCGAGGAGCGAAGCAGCCGUUUCCAUCUCUGGGCACCUUCAUCUCCACCCUGAGCCAGCGGAGGGAGGCGGGGGUGAGGGGCUUGGCCGGCAGCAUGACGGGCAGCCUGACCAGCACCCAGUGGAUCCGACACGGGAGAGAGCUGCCUCCGAUCUGCAGCGAUGUUCGUCAGAAGCAGCGGCUCUCCAUCGACACUCUGCCCCCGGAGGUCAAAGCUCCGUUCCCCUCCGACCCCAUCAUCCCCCUGAGAACCAAGACCACCAAAGACUUUCAAGAGGACAUGGAUCGUGCCGUCCAUUCAGGCGACUGGAGGGAGGUCCGAGAGUUUUACCUGACCACCUUCGACUCCUUCAUAGAAAUCAACGCUGCCUUCAAGCGAGAGGCGAAUGGAUCUUUUAACACCAUAGACGACUCGGGAGUCAACGCCAAGUUUGUCAACGCUGUUUACGACGCGCUGCUGAACACACCUCAGGACAUCCAGAAGUCAGUGCUGAAAGGGAUCAUCAACAGCCUGCUGAGGGAGUGGAAAGGACCUCGGACAAAAGACGACCUGCGAGCUUAUUUCAUUCUUGUUCAGAACCCUCAGUAUUCGAGCACCAGCACCUACGUGAUCUACGCCCACCUGCUGAGGCAGAUCGCAGCUCUGUCCGAGGCCGACCACCACUUCCUGGUUCACUGGCUCAAAAAGCUGUCAGCGAGGCGGUUCAGGCAGCUGGUAGAGCGCCUCCUGCAGUUCAUCUCCACCCGUCUGUUUCCUGCAGAACCAGACGAACUUCCUCCUCUGGCCAAAUGCUCCUGGUGGAUUCCCUCCGCUACCAAAGUGCUCGGCCUGUUCAAUGCAGCCAACAGCGUCUCCUCUCCUCCCAUCAUGCCUUUCACCGACUUCUACAACAUCACUCUGGAGCACAUAGACUUCAUGGAGGAGUACAGGACCUGGCAGAACUACGGCAACUCAAACAGGUUUUCUUUCUGUCAGUUUCCCUUCAUCCUCUCAACGGUGGUGAAGAAAGCCAUCAUCCAGAAAGACUCCGAGCAACAGAUGAUCAGUCAGGCCAGGCAAAGCCUGGUCAGUAAAGUUUCUCGCAGGCAGAGAGUCGACAUGAAUCUUCUGUUCCUCAACAUUAAAGUACGACGAGCACAACUCCUCAGCGACUCACUGGAUGAGCUGAUGAGGAAGAGGUGCGACCUGAAGAAGAAGCUGCGGGUGACGUUUGUCGGGGAGGCGGGGCUCGACAUGGGCGGCCUGACGAAGGAGUGGUUCCUGCUGCUGGUGCGACAGAUCUUCCACACAGACUACGGAAUGUUCACCUACAUGAAGGACUCGCGCUGCCAUUGGUUCAGCAGUUGGAAGUGUGACAACUAUUCAGAGUUCCAGUUGGUCGGGACUCUGAUGGGCUUAGCAGUUUACAACAGCAUCGCUCUGGAUAUCCACUUCCCCCUCUACUGUUACAGGAAGCUCCUCACGCCACCUACUGCACCAUGUGACCAAAAUGCCCUGGUGGGCAUGGCGACCGCCACCCUGGACGACCUGCAGCAGAUCAUGCCGGAGCUGGCUCAUGGUUUGGGAGAGCUGCUGAACUACGACGGAAACGUAGAGGAGGACUUCUACCUCACCUUCCAGGUAUUCCAGGAGGAAAUGGGCAUGGUCAAAUCCUACAACCUGAAGCCUGGAGGAGACAAAAUCCCAGUCACCAAGCAGAACAGGAAGGAGUACGUCCAGCUCUACGUCGACUUCCUGCUGAAUAAAUCCAUCUACAAACAGUUUGCUGCCUUCUACCAUGGCUUCCACAGUGUGUGUGCCUCCGAUGCUCUCAUGCUGCUGCGUCCGGAGGAGGUGGAGAUGUUGGUGUGUGGGAGUCCAGAGCUCGACAUGAGCGCUCUGCAGAAAGCCGCUCAGUACGAAGGAUACAACAAGACGGACAGCACCGUACGGUGCUUCUGGGACGUGGUGCUGGCGUUCCCUCUGGAGCUACAGAAGAAGCUGCUCCACUUCGCCACAGGAAGCGACCGCGUUCCCGUCGGAGGAAUGGCCGACCUCAACUUCAAAAUCGCCAAGAUCGAAGUUUCGACCGACUGGCUGCCGAUCUCUCACACCUGCUUCAAUCAGAUCUGUCUGCCUCCGUAUCGAACCAGGAAGGAGCUCAAACACAAACUCACCAUCGCCAUCUCCAACGCCGAGGGCUUCGGCCUGGAGUGACACACACACACACACACACACACACACACACACACACACACACUCUAACACGAACACACAAAGACUAUCUGCCACAACUACCACAAUGCACCUUGCGUAUCUCUGUGGUCGUGGAUCAGACUGUAGAGAUCGGACUCAAGAGUUUGUAAAUGUUAAACCUUUUAAUUUGCAGCAACAGAAACAAACACUUUCACCUGCACGUCGACUGUCAGGCGACAGAGGUAUACCUGCACCAGCGUGUCUAGAUAAUGUGGGUGUUGCAUCUUGAGGAUGCGUAGCGUUAAUAUUUGGACAGGACAGGCGAGGCAGCCGUCUCACACACACACACACACACACACACACACACACACACACACACACACACGGCCUCGUUUUUAAAAACACGAAUAUCCAGUCUGAGCAUAUCAAUUAUGUGUUCUCUAGAAACCUUGUAUUAGCAAUAAUUGAUUUGCUCAGGUAAUUAUUAUCAUCCUGUUACUAUUUCUAACAGGUUGUUGGCCCGACCCUGACAGUGACCUCGCUCUGUGACGCAGCCAUCAGUAAACACAGACUGCACCGUCUCUCCCGGUCUCAGUUUCAGCCGGUCUCAUGACAGGACUUUUACAAAUUUACUCCGUCUUUACAGGGGAAAACUUAAAAGUAGUUCAGAAAAUUUCAAGUUAAAGACACUUGUUCCCCUGGAACUUUCUCAAAACUCUCUCAGUCUUAGAGAAAACCUGGAUCCAUCCCUUUAUCUGGAUCAGCACUCAGUGACCCACCUUCCAUCCAGAAAUCUGUUCAGUAGUUUUUCUGUUUUCCUGCUAAUGAGAACACAACCUCCUCAGUGGAGGUAAUAAGCUAUAUUUUAUCCUUGAGUCAUCCGUCUGAGUUAAACGUAAGGUGAAAAUAAAUGAGAGAGAAAUGUUUUAAUGGUACAAAACGAAGGUAAAAAGAAUAUAGAAUAGAACAGAAGAAGUUCUGAGGCGUUUGGUUUCGCUGCUUCCUGUUUUGCGUCUGACUUCACUGCUUUGUUGACUUUUUAAAAUAUGUAUUUUUUUUUUAUGAAAGCGUAAAAAUGUGUUUUAUAUCUGCUUUGAUUGCAGCACACUGUCAGGAUAUAAAAGCUUUGCUGGGAGAAGAAUGCGACCGUGUGUCAUGAGAUAUAGAUUGUCUUGUGAAAUGCUCGUUUUGUUUCUUUGACAUUGCUGCCUGUUUGAUUGAACUCAAGGCUGCAGCACAACCGUUUUAAUGUUGUUUUAAAUGUUGAAAUAUUACGAUACAGUUGCUACGGAGCUGUUGAUCGACAGUUCGGUGUUCGCUUUUUUGGUUUUCUCGUAUUGUUUUUCGUUGUGUCGUGGCUGAAGCUGCAGCUCGCGGCUGGUAGGGUUAGGGUUAGCAGGACGAAGAAGAAACCCUCGUCUGGAUCUUCUGUUAUCAGCAUGUCGAAGAGAAGCCAGACUGGUAAUUUGAGUGUUCAGAUGUUUCAGUGAAUGUGUCUGAAUACUUAGAUUAUCACUAAAUACUGUAACCAUGUCGGUGUCCAGGGGAAAUGAGGUUUGUCUAACCCUUCACCCCAAAGACAAUCGUUACCUGGUACUAAACAUCAGCAUGUUCUCUCUCCCAUCUUAUCACCCGCAGCAGCUUCAGUCAGUAAGUUUCAAACUAUUCGACUGUAGGAAACCUUCUAGUGUGCAGUGAGUUCAAACUCAAGGGUGCAAAGGUCUGCAAAUCAAGUUCACAGGGUUUGAAGCGGUCUUGUUGUGUACUUACUUCCUGUUCUCUUUAAUUUGGCUGAAUUUCAGAGUCCCUCUGGGUUGAUUGCAGUGGAUUCAGAUCACCUGUGUGCUUGGUGUUGCAGACUGGCCUGUAAUUAAUGAGUGGAAGCAGCUUGGUUCCCAUCCUGAUUGUGUCCAUGACAGCGUGCAGACCCGUCCUCCAGACUGCCGGUCAGAUUUGUUUGCUGUCCUUUUUCUGUCUUGUUGAAUUCGAUCAGAUCAUCUGCAUCAGGUCCGGGUUUAUUUCUGUCAGUCUCCUGACGCCUGCAGGUUUCUGUUGUUUGGUAUCACAGCCACAGUCAGUUUCUCCCCAGUCUCACGUCAUCGGGGACGUCAGGAGGCAUCAAAAGAACUAUUUCAUUAAAUUCCCCUCAAGAAGAUUUGAAGAGAUCUAAAUGAUUAGUUUUAGCUGCUGUUUGACGUGUUGGGAGUGAGAACAUGCAUGUAUGUGUUGUUCACGUCACGUUGAACCCAGAUGGCCUUUUCUGUCACAUCACAUUAAGAAGGUAAAGCUGUCACUUCACUGGGCCUCUACAGUGAAUCAGUACCGGGUCAGAGGAGUUCCCUACAAACUCUCUGCUGGUUUAAACACUCAGCACUCUCUUAUGUAAGGUUACCAUGGCAAGAAGUCCGAAGUCCUAAAGAAUGACUGGCGUGAACCCAGAAGUUACCGAGCAACACUCAAGCAGCUCGUAUGGUCGCGGCGCCCAGACUGAUCUGGGUCACUCAUUCACUGGGUCUCACUGAGCGUCUGAGGAAAAAAAGCUCCUUACACAACAACGGAUCCUCGCUGGUGUUACUCAAUGACGAGUCCAGGAACCAGAAGCAGCUCGUCUGUCGGAGGAGAGCUGCGUGCCGCCGUCGCAUCACGAAAACUAACUGCUGACUGGAGGAAAUGUCAGCCUCCUCCUGCUGAAUACAAACCAAAAACAGGAAAUGGGAGGAAGAAUUCUGGGAUAAAUGGGAUAAUGUGAUGUCUGAGAAGUAGUUUUUUUUUUGUUAUAUUUGUGAAUCUGACCCAGGUGUGUUGUAUGUACAGUGGGACCAAACUGUGUCAGGUUAUACAGUGGGGACGGCAGUGUGGUGAGAAAUCUGAAGAUCUGUUUGAAAAUAGUUCAAAUGGACUCUCAGGAUGUGUCGAUGUAAUUAUUUCCACACUUUUUGUUUUUAUUAUUUAACUGUUGUAAACGUUCAGGUUCUGUAUCCGUCUGUCAGGAUGUCUGUUCACUUCAGUUCUGUUGGGUUUUAACAUGAGUUUGUAUCGACUGACUCUCUCUCUCCUGAGUGAAUGACCAUGCAUGACCCAUUUUUGGAAAACACUUCAUGCUUCUGUUGCCCGAGUCUUAUAUAAUGUACGUACUGCAGUGAUGUCAAGUAUUUACUGUACAGUAAAAGCUGAGGGCUCGUCCCUGUCUAGAAGAAAAGCCGACUCUGCGUGUUUGUUUUUUCAUAGAUAACGUUUGAUGUCAUCAGUUUAGGUUGAA